CCCGGGAACGGCGCGCGCUCGCUGCAGGUGUCACUCAAGGAGACGCGGUCGGUCACUUUCAUGUAGUUCCGCGCCGCCCGGGACACGAACGUCAGGGUUUUUCUUUUUGAUAAUUGUACCUCAUCACUUUUUUUUGUAGUAGCUCAGUUCUGGAGGAAAGUCUUCGUCGUUCGCGUCGCUGCGCCGCAUCACUGAGACUCAGUGGAGCGAUGAUGAACCGCUAGUUGAGCAGGAGAGAGAGAGAAGAGAAAUAAGGAGAAAAACGAGCGCCGCUUCGGCGUUACUUCUUCUUGUUUCUCCCGGCGUCCGUUGUUCAAAGUUUCAGGCUCCACAUACAGCGAGCGUGCGCUUUUUCAAUGAGUCUCGACGUCUUUAAACAGUACGUGACUUGUUCGACUUUGUUUAAAAUGGCAGACAGUAAUCACGGGCUGAGCGGAGCCUCCGAGUUUAUCAGAGAUCGCCUGUAUUUCGCAACGACCAGGAGCAAACCGAAGAGCACGGCAAACACGCACUACUUCUGCACGGACGAAGACUUUGUUUAUGAGAACUUUUAUGCAGAUUUUGGACCGCUUAACUUGGCAGUGCUGUACAGAUACUGUUGUAAACUAAACAAGAAACUUAAAUCCUUCACGCUGUCAAGAAAGAGGGUCGUUCACUACACCAGCUUCGACCAGCACAAGAGAGCCAAUGCAGCUUUCUUAAUUGGUGCCUAUGCUGUCAUCUAUUUAAGGAAGAGCUCUGAAGAGGCAUACCGAGCUCUUAUCUCAGGGUCCAAUGCAUCAUUCCUACCAUUCAGGGAUGCUUCCUUUGGAAACUGCACUUACAACCUAACAGUUCUGGACUGUUUACAAGGGAUCCAAAAGGCCCUCCAGCACGGCUUACUUGACUUUGACACAUUCGACGCGGAUGAAUAUGAGUAUUAUGAGCGCGUGGAGAACGGCGAUUUCAACUGGAUCGUCCCGGGGAAGUUCUUGGCUUUCAGUGGGCCACAUCCAAAAAGUAAAACAGAGAACGGCUAUCCGCUGCACGCGCCAGACGCCUAUUUCCCGUACUUCCGAAAGCACAACGUGAACACCGUGGUGCGUCUCAACAGGAAGAUCUACGAUGCCAAGCGCUUCACCGAUGCCGGGUUCUGCCACUUCGACCUGUUCUUUGCUGACGGCAGCACACCCGUCGACCAAAUCGUACGCCGCUUCCUGCACAUCUGUGAGAAUGCGCACGGUGCCGUGGCCGUCCACUGCAAGGCGGGACUCGGCCGCACAGGCACACUGAUCGGCUGCUACCUGAUGAAGCACUACCGCUUCACGGCAGCGGAGGCCAUAGCCUGGAUCCGGGUGUGCAGGCCUGGCUCUGUCAUUGGGCCUCAGCAGCACUUCCUAGAAGAGAAGCAAGCCAGUCUGUGGAUCCAAGGCGACAUGUUCCGCUCUAAAGCCAAACAGCAUCGCCUGCAGGACCGCAGCAUGUCCUGUUUGAUGUCAGCCAUUGACAACCUGUCGAUCAGCGGACCUGUUUACAAGUACAACAGUACAGAGUACUUGGAGGAGAGUGACAGUGGGGAGGACACACCAUGUCGGACGCAGGGAGACAAGCUGCGUGAAGUCAAGGCCCAGCGCCAGCCCCGGAAUGCCUUCAGCGGAGUGCUCAGACUAGACGGUUUGAAAAUGCACACAAGAUCUCCAUCCCAAGCCUGCAGGAUGAACCAGGUGCUCAUGGAUCUAGAGCCCAGAGUCCCCCUUUUGGCCUCCUGCAGGAGGAUGAGACACAGUUCUUCAUCCUCUGCUUCCAGCUACACGAGCUUCACCAUGAGCUCCAGGUUAGCCAACUCCUUAGUCAACCUUUCUGGAGAGGAUGACACCAUGGAUGGCAGACAGACAGUUCCCACUCCUUUCUCUUGUCCCCCUCUCCCCACCACUUCUCCUCUGAAGCAGAUGGGCCUCAGGUGUAGCUACAUUACCAGCCAGUCACAUUCGCUCACCACUGACAGCAGUAGCGCCAAGGCCAGCGACAAUCAACAUAGCCAUUCCAUCUCCACCAUUGUGGCCAUAGCCAGCUCAAGUCGCACCUUGGGCUGCAUCGCUGGCCAGACUGGGAGGCCAGGAACACAGCAGCUUGUCCAGUCCAAGUCCCUGACCAUCCCUGGCCAGAGUGCAACAUCAGGCUAUAUCCUGAACUGCCCCAUCCCUCUCCUUCAACCCGAGUGUGUUCGCUACUAAAGCGGUAGUGCUGCGCUGAGGCCCUUUGGAAGCAUCACUUGGAUCCAGAUUCACCACAGAUGCGCACGGCAUACUACCUCCUGACCUUCCGAAUCACCGCAACUCCCACUCACAUCAAGUCUCGCCUUUAGAUCCCACUAUCGCAAUCGCAACCGCAACGGAAGUGAACAAACAAAGAUGUGCUAAAGGACUCCACCCUCCGCCCGCUGUGGGCGAACGUGCGUUUCAGGAACUGGGGUUACAAAACACGUGCGAUUCAGGUUUUGAUAACCUUUUGAACAAAGGCCGGCCACAGCAAGACUCCCUGGACAGAAGCAAAUGCUCUUAAUUUUCUGCUACAAAACUAGUUUCGUGGAAAAGGAUUUCCUUGACGUUUAGCCGGAAUGUUGCAGAAGGGUAAAUCCCAGUUUUAAGUGGUCAUAGGAAAGGCAGCGUACCCUUUUGUUCUGCCAAAAUGCCAUAAUGACCUUUGACCUCUCUGUUAAUGCACAGUGUUGAGGAGCAGAAUAUUUCUAGAUACCAAUUGUGCACUGUUUCUAAAUCUAAGAAUGUAUUUUACAUUAUUUAAUACCGAAAAAGAUUCCUGUUAAAAACAAUAUAUGACAUUAAUAUACUCUUGUUUGUGUUUUCACUGUGCACUUGCAAUACAAAUGUUUUUUGAAGUACAGUGCAGGUUAACAUUCCAUACAGUGGCACAAGCGUCGUCCACUUUUCUAAAGCGUUACACUCGAAAGACAGUGAGUUAUAUUUUAGGUUUCCCCAAAACAUCCUCACUCAGGGAAGCCCUGUUCUCAAGCAAAAAAUGGAAUAAAAUGGACCCUGUGGCUAAAGAGAGGGAAGGGGGAUCUGUCUGAAUAAGCAUAGUGUCUUUUCUUCUUAUCCAUACAUGCAUUCUGCAAUUUGGACUCUUUUUAGUUACUGUAUAAAGUACAUUCAGACAUUGACCAGUAUCACGUAAUACAGUAUGAGGAGCAAUAGGUCCACUGGGUUUUUGUGAGCUACAGGACCACUGAAAAUUAUGAGCACAUGCGGCCAGCCUGGGAAAUACUUGUGUAAGUGGAACUCGAUAUACCGUAGGAGUGGAAGCAAUACAGCCCGCGCAUAUCCUACAUCUCGGAGAAUCGCAGCAGAAGCGCUGGGAAGACACGGCAGCUCAUUUCCUGAUCAAACUUCUACACAAAAUGUAGCAAGUGUGCUCAAACUUUUGACUGGUACUAUACAAUGUGCUGUAUGGUGAAUCCAUGCAGAAAGCUGGUAAGCAGCACCUCGCACUGAGACAAAGGUACGGCUCUGCUCUAGACCAGCAUUUUUUACUAAAUAGUCUGUACUUUACCAUUCGACAGUGAGGACCUUGUCCGUGGUUAAAUUUAUACCUUAUAUUUUUCAUCUCAUGUAAUGUCUAAUAUAUCAUACAUGUCACCACUUAUAUUUUUUUCCCCACAGUCCCAAAGUAAUUGUCCAGUUUUGUCCAAAAUUGUAGACAUGGCUGCGCUGACUGAUUCUGAUAUUUUACACCAAACUUCCUGGGUAUCUGAAUGAGUACUUUCCCGACCAUUUUUCAGAGAAAAAACUAUUUUAUCUCAUUAGGGCUGCACUAUUGUGGAGCCAAUGCUGAAAAUCACAGGGCAUCACUGUACAGUGCCAGGCUGUAGCAGGGAUGUAAAUGUCAAAAUAAAUGCACCAAUUAAAUUAGUUGAUAGUUCCCAUUUCCUAAGCAUGUUUAUUAGUUGCAGAAGCAGCUGGAGCUCGAUAAGACCACAAGAGCACAGAUCCGUUGUGAGAUGAAAGUCAUUGUUUUUUGUUGCAAACUCCUUGUUGACGGAUAAAUUAUGUGCUAAUUGAUAAAAUCUCUAUGGGAAAGAUAUGUUACACUUCCCAUGUAAAACAAAGGUUUUUACAGACUAAU